AUGUCUAAUUCAAAAACAUUCGUGGGCGUGCGUAACCUGAGCGUGCUGGAGCGAGUGUUGGAAGCGGAGACGGUGUAUCUGGAGCUGGUGCAGGAGGAGCCUUCGGGGGAGACUGUGCUGGCUGUGUUCGAGUCCUCCGUCAGGGACCUCCUCUUCCCCAAGCCAGCAGAAAGGUUGUCCUACUCCGGCGUGGAUCUCGACCUACUCAUGGAACCGACGCGAGACUUUCCUGUAGGUGGUGUUGCUUCGGCCACGCCCACAACAAGAACACGAAGGCGGUGUUCCGUGCCAAUUCCCCCUGACGAAGGGAGGAAAGGAGAAGGGGCGGGAGGAGCCACAGGGGCGUCCAGCCCAGAGGAGGAGAGUGCUCCCGCCCACAGGAGUCCCCGGAGAGGGGAGACAAGUGUGCGGACCGUUGGCGGCGGCGGUGGUGGCGGUGGAGGCAGUGGCGGUAGUGGCGGCGGUGGUGGUGGUGGUGGUGGUGGUGGUGGAAGAGAUGAUGGACACAAACCUCGCUUCGUGUAUCGAAAACCUGACGAUGACCUGCUGUCCCGCCUGCCACCCUCUUCCCCCUCCCGCAACACCAGGUACCUGGGCAUCCCUAGUCGCUACCUGUCUCGCAGCGCCGGGAACCUAUCAGACCUGCCUCGCACCGCCAUCACCAGCAGGUACGGCAGCCAGAGGAGUGGGCGUGGUCUAGCGAGGGCGGCGAGCGAGGCAGACGGCGGGCGCAGGGGCGUGGGCACCGGUGAAGAGGGCAGCCUGUACAUCCACCCGAGGAGACGCGGCCGCGAGGACUUGGGUCACCGCGCCCAUGUCACCGUGCUUGAACCGGAGCGUUGUCCCCACUGUGACGAGGAGCACGGGGCCGAGUCUUGCACAACCUGCCGCACUUACCACCGCUACUUUCCACGCCCCUCCUACCGUCGCCCGCGCGCCCACUCCCACGCAUACCACACCAACCGCCCGCACUCCGCGCUCAAGGUGCUUCGCCAGCCCGCUGCCAGGGAGAUGAGGCCGAGGAAACGCUAUCUGGCGGAGAUUGAGGGCACGUUGCAAGGUGAGGGAGACAAUCAGAACUCCAGAAGGGCGCGGUCAUUGUCCCCGCAGCGCCGCCCUACCUCGGCCCCGAUGCAUCGCCGGGACACAAGCCCUCCGCGAAGUCCGCCACGAGGCCGCCCAAAUAGAGAAGCUGAGGAGGAGCUGUCCGACGAGGAAGAAGAAGUCGAAUCCAGGUCCCCGUCGAGAUCUCCAUCACCCCCCGCCAGUCACGCCUCCGCCCCUGCAGCCAUGACCCGUCCCCGUCCCAGGCCAUACAGGCGACCCUUGACCCCCAAUGCGUCCCGCCACCACUACUACGACUCCGACGAGGACUCCGCCGAUGACCUGUAUGUUCCCCCAAGGUACCACCGCCACCACUACUACUACCCGUGGGAGGACUGUCCACUGUGUUACUCCCCCCACCUGCCCCGCUAUCCACGCCUCUCCCGCUGUGGCCUGUGUCACCUGGGAGACCGGUGGUGGUGCUCUCUGUGCUCCAACUCCUGUGGCUGUCUUUGCACUUACCCCCUUAGAUGUCGUCCAUCCUCCUUCCGCCAUUCCAUUCAGCCCUACGUCAAGUCUUACCUGAGGCGGCUGAGAGAGCUGGAUGCUGACAUGGCAAAGCCCCUCAGCCCAAGACCCAAGUCUGCAAAACCACUAACAAAUGGUGCAGCCAAAGGUCAGGACACAACUAGUGAGGACUCUGAACUCUUUGACACCUCCCAAGUUGAGGACAUCCAGGAAGGGAUGGACAGCAAGACUCCCAUGACAAAAAGAGAGAAUUGGCUCAAAGGGAAGAAACAGGCCAAGGGUGGAAGUAUGGAGACCAAUGGAACUAAUGCCAUUUCUCUUGGUUCUGGCACUGGUAGCCAGGAUAAAGAUGGCAAGAACAAUGCUAACUCGAGCUGAUAAUUUGUUCAUCCUGACUAGCUACAUAAUUUUUUUUCAUCUAAGGUAAGUGGGUGUCCUUGGUAGCAGUGCUGAUGCUGUUGAUGGUUCUUGGACAUUACUAUGUUCAACCAGAAAUCUUCACUUUUUUGGCAUGCUUCUUAAAGUUUGUGUAUUGUAUUGUUAUACUUUUUUCACUACACUCACACAUGUGUAUGUAUGGUGAUAGUGCAAUAUAUUGUAGAUUUUUUAUCUUGUUCUAUAGGAUUUAUAAGAAUAAGAUGUUUAUAGUUUGAUAUUUAUAGGAGUAAGAUGUUUAUAGUUUUAGAGGAGCAAGAUGUUUAUUGUUUGGAUCAUAAGAAGAGUACUUAAUUCAUAUUCUGAAAAGUGAAAUAUACAGUUUUAACAAGUAAAAACUACUAAAUUAUGUAAUACCAAGGUCCAGCUCUGAAAAAAAUUCAAGAUCAUAAAUUUGCUUCUUACAUUUUUUCCUGCAAUGAAUGCUAUAAUAGAAAUCCAUAGACAUAGGGGAGAAUGAACAAGAAACCAAAGUCAUAUUUUCAGUGUGAAUUAAACCUGUCUUUUUUGUGUACAGUAUGUGGACAUGAUACAGUCCCUAACCACCUAAGUGCUGAAACUAACCUGCAUACAUCUCCCAAGUCAAGACCACCAACUGCUCAUGUGCCACUUCCAUGUUUGUCUUCAUCCCACCCAAGUGAGGAAGUUCACCACACUUUAUCACUAACUAUUAAACUGAAUGGUUCUAGUCUGCAGUGGUGUAACUCUGGUAGUGUUUUCUUACAGGGCUUUCUGGAUUAUGAAGUUACUUUGAGGCAUGCAUCAAGAGUGUCCAAUUUGAACAGGAUCUCUGGGGAUACAGAUAGUUCUUGAACUACCAUUAAUCUUUCUUAAAUUAUUUAAUUUACCUUGGAGGAACCAUCCAGUAGUUUUAAAAUCCAGAAAUGUCACAUUUUUUAGGACAGAGUUUUUACUUUUAUAUAUAAUUUAUCAUGUUAUAUUGUUGGUUAUUAUCAAAAUUUAGAUUUUAUAUGUAAGAUAUAUUGAAAUUCUAGAAUUUGAAAUUUUCCUGCAUAGAAGCAAAGUAAUUUAUCUUGUAUAAUAUUAAGAUUAUUGACCACUGAGGAGAGAGCCUUGUUCUGUUUCUGUCCUGUCCCCCACACACAGUUUAUUACUGCUACAGCAAUAGUUUGUAGAUCAACUGAUACCCUCAUUAUAGACCAACUUGUCUCUUAGUAUCUGUUCUCAUGUAUUGUAACUUCUAGACUCUUCUUGUACUAUAUGCAAUAGAUAAUAGUGUACUGGUUACCUGCUUAGCAUAAAAAUACUGUUCUUG